GGAUGGAUGUUCAUUGCUUGACCAGCAUGGCAGUCUCAUUAGUCAAUGUUUGCUUCAGUCGCAGUCUGGCUCGUAUGUCUGGAAUCCUUUUAAAGGCGACGCGUCGCUGUCUGCCGCUGCAGAACCGAUCAGAUGGGGAGAACAUUCUCUAAAAAUGGUCCCCAAACUUAAGGGCCUGCAGAAACUGGCAGGACACACUGCCGUCAGCUCGGACAGAGACGGUACUUCUGAAGGCUGCAGUGUCAACUAAAGAGAUGCAGUCCCUGCCCAUGGAAGUGGGAAGCAGCAGCAGCUCUGCUCCCAGCGACACAUCUGGCCUGGUGGUGCAGGUGUGCUUCCCCAGCGCUCAGGCCUCGGUGCUGGACAGCCUCAACCGGCAGAGGGAAGACGGCCGGCUAUGCGACCUCUCCAUCCACGUCCAGGGACAAGUGUUCAAGGCCCACCGCUGCGUCCUGGCCGCCUCCUCGCCCUACUUCCAUGACCAGGUACUACUGAAGAACAUGUCCACGGUCUCCAUCCCGGCGCUGAUGGACCCGCUGGCGUUUGAGAGCGUGCUGAGCUGCGCCUACACCGGUCAGCUCCGGAUGCUGCGCGAGGACAUCGUCAACUACCUCACGGUGGGCAGCGUCCUGCAGAUGUGGCACAUCGUGGACAAAUGCACCGAGCUGCUGAGGGAGGGCCGGGCUGCAGCGGGAGGAGGAGGCAGUGGAGGAGGCGGUGGCGGUGGCGUCCAGGACGGAGCCAGUGGUGGAGGAGGAGGAGGAGGAGGAGGAGGCUCAGCUAACCUCGGAUGCAGCAGCAGCAACGGUGACGGUGCGGCAGGCGGCGGUAACGGAGCCGGAAGCGACGGUGAUGGGGUUGUCGGAAGAGGUCAGUCCCAGGUGGUGGGGUCCAACGAGCCCCAGCGUGCCCCCCAGCCCCCCAGCCGGCCCUCGGUGAGCGAGAGCCAGUCUCCCAGCAGCACCAACUACUUCAGCCCCCGGGACGGGAGCAGCUUCGGGGGAAGCGGCGCGGCCGCAGCGGGGGCUUCGGCGGACGGGGGCGGGGCUAGCAACACCCCCAGCUACUGCACCCCAUCAGGAGGGGAGGAAGCCUUCCUUAUCGAGGAAGAGGAGGAGGAAGUAGAGGAGGAAGAGGAGGAGGAGGUGCUGUACCACCAGAGGAAGAGAGGAAGAGGAGGCGGCAGCGGGAGGAGGAAGAAAACGAGCUCGGCGUCGGAGCAGGAAGUCGGGGUCAGCGACAGCUUUGGCGUGUCUUCCUAUCAGGACGGCGAGGACUCGGCGUUGCCGCUGCUGAAGCGUCCCACCUACAGCCAGCCCAGCAUCAUGCCGCGCAAACAGUGGGUGGUGGUGAAAACCGAACGCAUGGAGGACGACGACCUCAUCGUAGUGUCCGGGGAGGAGGGAGGAGAAGACGAGGAGGACGAGGAGGAGAGGGAGAUGGAGCUGGCCAGAGAGAGGGAGAGGAGCGACUUCAACAUCUCCAACGUUAGGAGCCUUUCAGGCGACCUGGGGGGCCGAGCUGAGAACGACAUGGACUCACAGGUGGACUACUGCCAUUCUUCAGAAGACUACCUCAAGUUUGAAGGCAGUUUAAUGGACCAGACUUUAGCGCAGCACCUUCAUGACAGCGCAGCAGGUCAGAGCCAGAGCGCUAACCGCGCUGUUUCAGCGCUGCUGGGCCAGGUUCAGUCCGCGGCCUCGGCCCGGGCCCAGCUCUUCCCCCUGGACAUGCAGGGGAACCAGAUCCUCCUCUACAGCCAGGCAUCCGGACUCUCUCUGGACGCCGCCGCCGCCCCUCCCCUGGGGAUGGCGGGCGCCAUGAUGGGGGGAGCCUCUUUCAAAGGUCCCAGCCUGGAGCACGGUGCGGUCCACCUGUCGGUCCAGGGCGGCUUGGGAGCUGACGGCAUGGACAGCGGGGGGAUUGGGGGUGGGAGUGGUGGCGUUAACAGCGCUGGGGGUUCUGGGAAAGUGUUCAUGUGCCACUGUGGUAAGACCUUUACCCACAAGAGCAUGAGGGACCGCCACAUUAACAUGCACCUGGACCUGAGGCCCUUCCACUGCCCCGUCUGCGCCAAGAAGUUCAAGAUGAAGCAUCACCUCACGGAGCACAUGAAGACGCACACGGGCCUCAAGCCGUACGACUGCCUGGGCUGCGGCAAGAAGUUCAUGUGGCGCGACAGCUUCAUGAGGCACCGCUCGCACUGCGAGAGGCGCGGCGGGCUGGGAGAGAGCGGAGAAGGCGGGAGCAGCAGCGGCGGCGAGGGAGGGAGAAGGGGAGGAGGCGAGGAUGGGCCGGAUUUGAUUUCCUCCCCUCACCUCCUCCUGUCCGCAGGUGAGGGAGCAGGGGGUAUUCUGGGCGGGGGAGGGAGAGGAGGAGCGUCAAUUCCUUCUCCACAUCUUUCCGGCGCUGUCAUGUCGCCGCAGCACACCGGCGUCUCAGCCACGGGAAACAGCAGCAACAACAACAGUGUGAUCAACAGCAUGGCCGCCGCAGGGUCGCUUCUAGGGGUCGUCUCCCAGAGUCCCGGUCAGGGAUCUGGGAUGUUCGCUGGUCUAGGUUUAGGCCGAAGUGUGUGCGAUGAAGACGUGUGUGAAGUCAGUGCCAAUGACAGCAGCGUGACUUAAACCAGAAGUGUGUGUGUGUGUGUGUUAUGUCCAACGGGUGCCUCUUUCUCAGCAAAACAGUCGUGCUUCUCGUCCCUGCUGCUGUUUUUACAAUAGUAAACUUAGUAAAUAAGUAAACUCGGAAGAAGCUCUUGUAACUGCCAACACUAAGCAUUUCAAGCAGAAAGUGCGUACUUUGUCA